CAGAAGAACACGUAUUAUCCCUGUAAGGAAAUUUCAAUAAUGCACACAAAGUGUUCCGUAUCCACGGGACGCGUUUCCAUGACGACGCAACAUGGCGGACAGAAACACAUGCACGUUGUAUAUAUAUAUUUUUGUACUGAGCGCCGAUUAUGUUAGAUCGUUGAAGUCAAAUUAUUCUUAAUUCUCGCGAAACCCAGUGAACAAUAAUAUAAAAAUGUACAGAGGCGAUCGGGUUUUAAGUUACAAAACUAAGAAACCAAGUCACGUAAGGAGACUGAACUUUGGCCAAUCGAACUUAACCUCAAAUGUGGUUAAGCAAUUUCAGAAAGAUGUACCGUUAAUUGAUAAAAACCUGACAGACGUACCAUGUGCAGGAAAGAACGAACAUAGUUGCAAACGGAGCGAAAUGUACGUCAAUUGUACAACAAUCAAAACAUCAUAUUGGUCACCCAUUUUGGGUACAUCUGUUACAGUUUCUGCGAGAUCUUCGCCAAUUUUAGGUAGUGUGAAGCGUAUGAAAGUAGAUGAUAUCAACAAAAAAGAAAACAUCAAGAGGAAUCUAUUUGAAUUUCUACCAGAUACAGUUCCUCCUAAUGUUUCUCCGAUACUUGGUGGAAGCUCGUAUUCUCGUGAAAGAGUUAAAAGAAAGAACGAAAGAAACAAGUCGGAAAGGAAAGUCUUAGAUUGUAUUGAGAAUAUAUGUACACAUCAUCCAACUGAUACCACACCAUUAAUUUGUACCAAAGUAUAUAAUAGACCAAAGAAAUCUCCUAUUUUGGAUAGAAACUUUCAUUACAAACACAAGCAAAAGAAGGAACAGAAUACUUCAAAUUUCAAAACGAAUGCAACAAACUCUUGUGAUUGUGUUAAUAAAGAAAUCUUUCAAAACAAAUGGGGAAUUUUAUGCAAUCAAAAGCAACACGCAUCGACGACAGAAUUAAAAGGUUGUUUUCAAGGUGAUGUUUUAAAACAUGAAUUGGAUUCGAGUAUUUCAGAAGAUUCUGUAACAUCGCAGUCAUCAAUCUUCACAACAAAACUAAAUAUCGAGGAUAGUCCUAAAGACGAGAAAAUUGAAAUUGAAUCCAGUAACGAAGAUUAUGACAGCGACAAAAAUAAUAUAAGCAACGAUUCUGACAAAGAAUCCAGCGUUUCUAAUUCUAUAGAAAAAGACACGGAUAUACAAUAUAUAGAUCCUGUUACUGGAAAUCAUAAACAAGGUCAAACAUUUUCCUUUCAUAAAUUUACAUCGUUACACUUGCCAUCAUCUAGCGGAGAUUCGGAUGACACGUUCUAUUCAGAGGCGGAACAAGUUCAAUGUCCGCUUUCCAACGUACGACGAAUUUCUUCUCAAAACAUUUCUCAAACUUCCUCACAGGAUACAGAUACGAAGUCGUCGACCCAAAGUGGAAUUAUUACUAAUGCGAAAAUAUCUCCGGAAAAGACGCAUGUAAACACGUCCAUGAUGCAAUUAACUAUUUUAGAUUCUGUGAAAAAAAGAAGAAAACCAAAGCGGGGCAGUUUGGUAGAGAAACUACAGUCAACAGUUAAUAGCCAAAUAUCGUUUACACGUAUAUGGAGACAUCGAUUAAAACAAGCGAUAAAGCAAAACGUUUCUAUGCUAUCCGUUACCGUGUUUGUACGGACAUGUGUAACACGCUUCAGCAGACAAUUCUUGGAAGGAGUUGUUAUCGAGGAUCCAUUCAAUUUACUAUUGCACGGAACAGAAAGCAAUGUUGUCAAAUCCAUAAGCAUCAUGACGAUUCCCGAGAUUGCAGGUAGAAUUGAAAUGAAAUCCAAAGGUCUAGUACAGAUCUUUCCACCGUGGGAAACUCUAGACGACGAAAAAUCAACAUUGAAUGUAACGUACAUACGUGUUAUACCUGAUUGCGAAACAGACGGUCGACUGUACAAAGAAGAUUUGCAUCAGCCUAAAACAUUGUUUGUUAAAGACUUUCAUUGCCGGUGUAUCGAUAAGAACAAAAUGUUUUCGGAUUGCAGAGAUCGGUUUAACAAACCAAAUAGAAUAAUAAUGUCAGUAUCUCAAGAUCGGCCAGAACUUUACGAAGAAGUAAAGCUGUAUAAGAAUGCUCGAGAAAGAGAGAAACAUGAUAAUCAAGCCGAUUUGUAUGCAGUUGUAAAUACGUUGCAACACUUAGAGAAAGCUUACAUUAGAGAUUGCGUGACUCCGAAAGAGUAUACAGCUGCCUGUAGUAAAUUGUUAGUGCAAUAUAGAGCGGCUUUCAAACAGGUGCAAAGCGAUCAAUUUCCUACGAUAGAUGCAUUUGCCAGAGCAUUUCGAUUAGAUUGCCCAGCCGCGCUCGAGAGGAUCAAGGAAGACAGACCGAUUACCAUAAAGGACGACAAAGGAAAUACAUCCAAAUGCAUCGCAGACAUCGUUUCCUUGUUUAUUACGCUAAUGGAUAAAUUACGACUCGAAAUCAAAGCAAUGGAUCAGUUACAUCCUGAUCUAAGAGACCUGGUGGACACCAUGAAUCGCUUGAGCAUAUUACCGAGCGACUUUGAUGGGAAAGAGAAAGUCGCUGAGUGGUUGCAGACACUUAGCAGUAUGUCCGCUUCCGACGAAUUGUCCGACACUCAAGUCAGGCAGUUGAUCUUCGAUCUGGAGACAUCUUAUAACGCUUUUAACAAAAUUCUUCACAACUCGUAA